UCCCAGCCCCCUCUUUGUUUAGAUCAGGGAAUUUCAGACAUGCACCCUGGGAUAGAGAAUCAGAUGAACAGAACCAGGACAGGGAGGCCGGCGGAGUUCCUGCAGAGGGAGUGACCAGGCCCGGUGCUGCUCUCCCUGGGAGCCGGCAGGGUUGCCCAGCAUGUCCACUGGCACGAGAGAAGGGACUGACCCACUUGUUCCCAUCCGCUUCUGAAGCUGCCCUUUGCCUCAUUCCCCACCCAACCCUGUCUCAGACCACUUCUCCCAAGGUCACUGCCUUCCCCUAGUAAAAGAAGGUCAUCCCUCCAUCAGUGGUCAUUGGGGAGCACCAACAGCAAUACGUGCAAUAAUAAACAUCGUAAAGAGAGCUGGUGACGCUGAACCCCAGGUGACCCCCAUCACCAAAGCAGGUGCCUGUGUUUGUUUGACAAAUACAGCCAGCCCUGCCACCCCUUUGCUCCAAAGUCCAGAGGUGCAGAGAGCCAGGACCUAGAGGCGUGCUCUUCACCAGGGAUGAACAAAUUGCCAGAGAUGUGGUGCAUUGUGCUGUUUUCCCUUUUGGCAUCCAUUUAUGCUGAGCCUACUAUGUAUGGGGAGAUCCUGUCCCCUAACUAUCCUCAAGCAUACCCCAAUGACAUAGAGAAAUCUUGGGAUAUAGAAGUUCCUGAAGGGUAUGGGAUCCAUCUCUACUUCACCCAUUUAGACAUAGAACUGUCAGAGAACUGCGCAUAUGACUCAGUGCAGAUAAUGUCAGGAGACUUUGAAGAAGGGAAACUAUGUGGACAGAGGACCAGCAAGAAUCCCAACUCCCCAAUUGUGGAAGAGUUCCAAGUCCCAUACAAUAAACUCCAGGUGAUCUUUAAGUCAGACUUCUCCAAUGAAGAGCGUUUCACUGGGUUUGCUGCAUACUAUGUUGCUGUAGAUAUAAAUGAGUGCACAGACUUUGCAGAUGCCCCUUGUAGCCACUUCUGCAACAACUUCAUUGGUGGUUACUUCUGCUCCUGCCCCCCAGAAUACUUCCUCCAUGAUGAUACGAAGAAUUGUGGAGUCAAUUGCAGUGGGGAUGUAUUCACUACACUGAUUGGGGAGAUUGCAAGUCCCAAUUAUCCCAAUCCAUACCCAGAGAACUCAAGGUGUGAAUAUCAGAUCCUGUUGGAGGAGGGAUACCAAGUGGUGGUGACUAUGCGGAGAGAAGAUUUUGAUGUGGAACCAGCUGAUUCGAAGGGCCACUGCCCUGACAGUUUAGUUUUUGUUGCAAGAGACAAGCAGUUUGGUCCUUACUGUGGUAAUGGAUUCUCUGAGCCACUAAAUAUUGAAACUAAGAGUAACACUCUUAAUGUCAUCUUCCAAACUGACCAAACAGGGCAAAAAAAGGGCUGGAAACUUCGUUACCAUGGAGAUCCAAUUCCUUGUCCCAAAGAAGUCACUGCCAAUUCUGUUUGGGAGCCUGAGAAAGCAAAAUAUGUGUUCAAAGAUGUGGUAAAGAUAACCUGUCUGGAGGGGUUUGAAGUUGUACAGGGAAGUGUUGGCUCGACAUCUUUCUAUUCUGCUUGUCAAAGUAAUGGAAAGUGGAGUAAUUCCAGACUGAAAUGUCAACCUGUGGACUGUGGCUCUCCUGAACCCAUUCAGAAUGGUAAAGUCGAAGAUCCAGAACAUACUUUAUUUGGUUCUGUCAUUCAUUACACUUGUGAGGAGCCAUAUUAUUACAUGGAAGAUGAAGAAAGCGGAGAGUAUCACUGCGCUGGCAACGGGAGCUGGGUGAACAAAUUGCUGGGCACGGAGCUGCCAAAAUGUGUUCCAGUGUGUGGUGUUCCCAGUAAGCCCUUUAGAGGAACACAGAGGAUAUUUGGAGGAAUCAUUGCAGAGAUUCAAAAUUUCCCCUGGCAAGUCUUCUUUUCAAACCCAUGGGCUGGUGGGGUUCUCAUCGAUGAGUACUGGGUGCUGACAGCUGCCCACGUCGUGGAGGGAAACCGUGACCCAGUAAUGUACGUUGGGUCCACCUCAGUGGUCACCUCAGAACUGGCAAAAGCCCAGAUGCUCACUGCUGAGCGUGUAAUUAUUCAUCCGGGUUGGGAAUUCCUGGAUGCCCCAGAAACACGAAAGAAUUUCAACAAUGACAUUGCACUUGUGCAGCUGAAAGAGCCAGUGAAAAUGGGACCCACUGUCUCCCCCAUCUGCCUGCCAGGCACCUCCUCAGAAUACAACCCCUCAGUGGGAGACCUGGGAAUGAUCUCAGGCUGGGGCCGAACAAAGGUAAGAGAUCAUGUGAUCCUGCUCCGAGGGGCAAUGUUACCCGUUGCUCCCUUAGAAAAGUGCCGGGAGAUGAAAGGCAAAAAUGUCAAAGUGGAUAUAAAUUCCUAUGUUUUCACUAAUAAUAUGAUCUGUGCUGGAGGAGAGAGGGGUGUUGAUAGCUGUGAAGGGGACAGUGGUGGAGCCUUUGCUCUACGGGUUCCCAAUGAAGGGACCCCCAAAUUCUAUGUAGCUGGUCUGGUGUCCUGGGGCCCCCAGUGUGGAACGUAUGGAAUCUACACACGAGUGCAGAACUACAUUGACUGGAUAACGAAGACAAUACGGGAAAACAGUACCCCCAGAAUGGACUAAUCCAUACAUACACUACCAGCCUCUCCAAGGGCUAUGACCAAUCUGUUGCUUUCUGUUCCUCUCAACAUUCCCAUUAUUUCACCAUGAUUGAGAGAAGAUUUGGGAGUAUGAUUUAAAUAGAACUUGAUUAUUGGGAUACCUAGCUGGAAGUAGUGUUUGAUCAUUACAUCGUAUUGGUCACUUGGUGUGGUCUGAUUCUGUGGGGUCCUCUCCCUUGAAUUCCAACUGUGGAUAACAACAUGAGAAAGGUGCUCCUAUCUUGCACUGUUCCAUAGGGAGUCCCCUUUCCUGAUGAUUGCCUGAUGUUACAGUUCUGACUCUGAAAUUUAUUGUUGGGCAUACCCUUGAUUUUUUUGUUUCCUCUUUACCUGUUUGAAGUUCCAUUUACUUUAUCAUACUCAGUGUCUACUAUCUACUUUUAAUAAAUCAUGGUUAUAACCCA